UCAAAUCAGCACAAACGCAACAGAGACUGGUGAGGGGGGAGAAGCAGGAGCUGACGACUUUUUGGAGACUAAAAUAUUCUCGACACUAAUCCUUAUUCUCAGCCAAAAAUGAAGCUCUUAUUUCUCGCAGUGCUUUUUGUCUAUUCCAUAACUCCGGGUGCCGGCCUGCAAUGCUUCCAGUGUGGUAUGAGUUCUGCAAUAUGUCACUCCAAGGCUACCUGUGGUCCUAAUGAGUCGUGUUUCACCAGGACCCUACCUACAAGUCCCAAAAAAUUAUUCGCCUCUGGCUGCACCGAGAAGAAUAUAUGUGGGAAGCACGUGACCGAAGUCUAUCACAAUGUUGCCUAUCCCACCACCACUCAGUGUUGCAAUGUGGAUUUGUGCAACAGGGCCUUGGCAGUCCAAGCCUCCAUGCUUGCCAUUCCCAUCAUGGUUCUUGCCUGGUUUCUGGCCUUCUAGUCGGGAUCUCUCCCCAAUUCCCCCCCCCCCCCUCGAUAUCGGCCAGGUAUUCCCUCAUUUACUCAGCUGCAAACUGCAUCUGCGCAAUCUUUGUAGGAAGCAACCAUAGGUGCUGGUCGGCUGGUUGAAUCUGUGACAUUACAUAGGAAAUAGGCGAGGCUGUAGGCCAUUCGGC